GCAUUGAAUACAAACGGAGGCGGUGCACUCAUAUCCCGAUUCCGCGUUGUUCACGUUUUAUUUGACAGUAGCCUGUGAAUUACGAUGUAUAUGUGCCACUAGACUGUUCCAGUUUGAGAAUGCGCCUAAAUACGCUUUUCCAAAUUGUCAAAUUAGGGCUUUUAUAGUCAUGAAAAUCAGGGUCGGCUCUACCCUUUUGGGGAACCUAAGCGAGUCCCCCCCCUCUUCAACCAAGCGGUCAAUUGACGGCCCAGAGAAAAUAUUGCAGUUUUAUAAAAAUAAAAAAGGAAUCCCAAAUCAAGCACUGGUUAAUUAACAUUCCUUAUGGCCCAAUAUUAUGUGUUAGGAUAUAACUUCCAUUCGCGCUGUUCACCAACGUUUAGGAAACGUUUCGAUAUUGAAUGCGGCUCCGCAAGUCCUCCGACCAAAACUUCCGCCUUCAAGCAGUCGAUUCGUGCCAAACACAGACAUGCCUGCAAAAAUACACUGAUUGACUCUUGAGGGCUCACAACAAAGCCUCUCCUCUACGUUAAAGUCAAAUUAGGUCAAAUUUGUAGCAACAAAACGCAAAGAAAACAACAACAACAACAACAACGGGAAAACAGCAAAAAUGUAAGCUUGAAAGAGGGGCGAACCCAAAAGGAGAGAGGAGGGCGGACGACCGACCAACCAACCAACCAAUCAACCGACCGCACAACAUACCAAAAACACCCGUAUCCAAGAUGAGGCGAGCCAGCCGAGGAGGGGAUGAAUCUGGUACCGGUGCUCCCCGUCAGAACGGUGUGUCUGGGGCGAGAGGCGGCGCCAGAGGAGCGGCUGCGGAUCGGGGGGAUACGGUAGCCGGCGGUGAUGAUGAUGAGGCCGGGUGCAGCCCAGCAGACAUGCAGGAUGAGGACAAUGAUCCGGCGCGGAGGAGAGAGAUCAGGAGCAAGUACAGGGACCUCAUCAACUCUGUUCAACAGAACAGAGAGGACAUGUUGAGUCCCACCAACAACAAACUGACAGAUGUGUUGGAGGAGGCCAACAAACUGUUUGCAGAAGUCCGUCAGGCCCGUGAAGCGGCUUUAGAUGCCCAGCUCCUGGUGCUGGCUACAGACCUGGGGAAGGAGAAGGCCAGCCAGCUACACGCAGAGGGAUCAGCCUUCGACCCCGCAGCCUUUGCUGAACACCUGCUGUCAUUCAUGGGUCUGAAUCGCCUGGAGGAGGAAGAUGAAGAUGUGGAGGGUGGAGCGAGCGGCGGAUACCUCCCCCAGGACGCCUGGCAGAGGGUAGCCAACAGAGCUCAGCGCUGCUUCAGGACUGCCCCCUCUUUCCACUAUAUGAUGGGAUCGUUCCUGGCUGAGCUACCUCCGCCUCGCCAGAGGGUAGAGAGACAGAGGAAAGUCCCCGGGAAGGAAGCCAAGAGGAUCAUGCCCACUCAGUUGAAGAGGAUGGAGGAGUCUCACCAGGAAGCUACAGAGAAGGAGGUAGAGAGGAUUCUGGGAUACCUGCGGAGCUACUUCUUUGACGACCCCACAUCUCCCAUCUCCUACUAUGAGUUUGUCAUAGACCCCACCUCCUUCUCCCGCUCUGUGGAGAACAUCUUCCACACCUCCUUCCUGGUCAGGGACGGUUUGGCGAAAAUGUACCUGGAUAAUCACAAACUUCCUUGUAUCGCCCCUGUGGAGGAAGGGGAAGUGGAGGCUGGAGGAGCGUCGAACAGGCAGCAGUGUGUCAUCUCUAUCAGCCCCAAGAGCUGGAAGGAGUUAAUUGAGGCCUUUGAUAUCACCGAGCCACUGAUCCAUGCUCCCAGCACACAGCACACAGAAUGAUGCUGAUAUAACAGCUAUUUCCUUUUUAAAACAUUAGAGAAUUUUAUCGACUUUAACUUUAGCUAUAAAUAUUAGUUUUCUAUUCAUAGGUCUUGUUCGCGGUUUUUUGUAUUAUUUGAUUAAAGAGAGUGAACCCAA